GGCUACAAGUACGUGAUGACGAAAGACGUUCUCUCUUUGCCGCAUCUACUGCGAGAAUGAAGACCAUUCUCAGCAAUCAGACUGUCGACAUACCAGAAAAUGUCGACAUUACUCUGAAGGGACGCACAGUUAUUGUGAAGGGCCCAAGAGGAACCCUCCGGAGGGAUUUCAAUCAUAUCAAUGUAGAACUCAGCCUCCUUGGAAAGAAAAAGAAGAGGCUUCGGGUUGACAAAUGGUGGGGAAAUAGGAAGGAAUUGGCCACUGUUCGCACGAUCUGUAGUCAUGUACAGAACAUGAUCAAGGGUGUUACACUGGGCUUUCGUUACAAAAUGAGGUCUGUGUAUGCUCACUUCCCCAUCAAUGUUGUUAUUCAGGAGAAUGGGUCUCUUGUUGAAAUCCGAAAUUUCUUGGGUGAAAAAUAUAUCCGCAGGGUUCGUAUGAGGACAGGUGUUGCUUGCUCAGUGUCUCAAGCUCAGAAAGAUGAAUUAAUCCUUGAAGGAAAUGAUAUUGAACUUGUUUCAAAUUCAGCUGCUUUAAUUCAGCAAGCCACAACAGUGAAAAACAAAGAUAUCAGAAAAUUUUUGGAUGGUAUUUAUGUUUCUGAAAAAGGAACAGUUCAGCAGGCUGAUGAAUAAGAUCUAAGUGUUAUCCAGCCACAGAAACACAGUCCUGGAGAGUCAAUUUGAUAUUCAGUGAUGCAAUAAAAGAUAUCUAUUGACUUCGGACUUAAUCUUUUCCAACAGGGUGAAUAAACUUUAGUGUCCUUUCAAAGGAACAAAACAGGA